GCAAACCACCGCAAUUGGGAAAACCGCAUUCACUUGUAGUAGUAGUAGUUCGUUCAUUAGCUUGCCUUAGAUAAUAAGUUGAGUGAGAAGAGGAUUUUAUUUAGGUGAAAAGACGUUCAUUUUGUUAAUAAGUCUCUUUCAAUUAUCGCAGUGAUUUUUUUUAUAAUUGUACUAACUAGUGUGUUAUUGCCUGUACAAACGUUCGGGAUAUACUAGUGUUUCGGGUUUAGUGUUUUGGUGUUGGCUGUAACUUCUUCUCACAGAUAUUUUAGUGUCAUAUAAAAUAGACAAUUAUGAUAAAUGUGACGCAACUUGACCGCAAUGAUCUAGACAUUUCCAAUACUACUACAACCUGCGGGAAACGGAACAACACAAUCGAAGGAUGGUGUCCAGAAGUGUUCGACGACGCCCUCUGCUGGCCACCCGCUCCACCGGGCACAAUAUCCAACCAAUCGUGUCCCAGGAUAGACGGGUUCAACAGCAACAAGUUGGCUUACAAACAAUGUUGGGAGAACGGUUCUUGGUUCGUUAAUCAUGAAAAUGUUACCUGGUCUGACUAUAGAGACUGUAUUGACUACGAAUCCUUAGAGUUCUACAACUUUGUGAAUUUCCUGUACGUAAUAGGAUAUGGAAUAUCUCUAGUGGCCCUCCUAGUUUCCUUAUGGAUAUUCUUGUCUUUUAGGACCCUAAGGUGCAUAAGAAUCCGAAUUCACGUACAGCUUUUCGUCUCUUUUAUACUUAACAACAUCAUGUGGAUCGUCUGGUAUAGGAAAGUGAUACCGCAAGUAGCUGUCCCCCUUGAAAAUCCGGCCUGGUGUCAGUUUCUGCACAUAGCCAAAGAGUACUAUAUGGUGGCGAACUACAUGUGGAUGUUCUGCGAGGCUCUACAUCUACACCUGGCCCUGGUGGUCGUUUUCGUGCGAGAAGAACGCACUAUGAAGUGGUUCUACUUCGUCGGAUGGGGCAUCCCUUUCAUAAUCGUACUGGUGCACAGCCUCAUCCGGAUUUUUUAUAACCAAGAUACCGACUUCUGCUGGCUACAUGAAAAAACCUUCGGAUCUUGGUUCAUUAGCGUUCCAAUAGUCUUCACCUUGACGCUAUCCAUGAUUUUCCUUAUAAACAUUCUGCGAGUAAUACUGACAAUCAUGCAUCCAAACUCACCGAAUCCGGCACCAAUUGGAAUAAGAAGGGCGGUUAGGGCUGCCCUAAUUCUUACUCCUCUGUUUGGAUUGCAAUUUAUCUUGAUCCCUGUUAGGCCUGACACUGAACAUCCCAUGUAUCAUGCUUACGUUUACACCAGCGUCAUUAUCAUUCCAUACCAGGGUUUUUGUUGUGCAGUUCUCUUCUGUUUCGCCAACCACGAUGUCCAUCAAGCGAUCAAACGAAGUUUCCAAAGGAACCUCACCAGACAGAACACCAGAUGGAGCAACUAUCAAACCGGUGAAAGUGGUGCUGCGGUAUUUAUGGUGAACGCCAAUGGACAAAAUGGCAAUACCGUGCCUUUGUUGUCUUUACAUCGUAAAUCGACCCAAGGAUCUGUGAAGCUUUAAGAAACCAGUGAAAGAGAUGUACAGCAUAAGAGAAAUUACUUCAGGGACAGCUAUAAUGCAUACGAACUUGGACAAAUUACAUUAAUAAUGUAUGAUGCUUUAUUAAUUAAACUUAAUUAGUAAGAAAUCGUUCUUUUUUUAAUAUUAUGAUCUCAAUAAGAAGUAACCAGAUCUAGUUAACCCAAAUAAGACUUUAAUUUGCUUUUUUUUGACAUUUGUAUGUAGUUUUAUAAUUUUAGUAUGUAAUUUUUUAAUUUAAAUCAUCUGUAUAAAAUAAUGUAUAAGAAUAUGACAAAAUGUAAAAUAUUUUUACCGAAUAAGCAGGCCUCUCGAUAAUCUUCUUGCAUGUUGCCUAGUAUAAGUGUAAAGGAACUAAGUAUGUGUUACAUUUUAAGGGAGAAAAAAACGCUUUAUGAGAAAAAUACAAUACAAAAUAGGCUACAUAACUGUAUUAAGUGUAAUAAAUUUUCCAAUAAAUGUAUGUUGUUUAAA